CGCUGUCUCUCACUGAGCGAUUAGAAAUGAGACAAAGAGAAAGUUGUUAGAGGGAGAGACUAAUUAUCGGCAGCAGCAGAGGGGCCCAUGAGAGACGAGUCGGACACCGGCGGAGUGAACGAGAGUUUGGCUGCAGAACAGUGAGGAGUCGCCGCCCCCCAUUUCAGAAUGGGAUACAGACAGGGGUCGGCGGAUACCAAAUAUCACUCGUCUUCUCACGACUCCUCUACCGGCUUCAUCAUGGGAAGUGUCGGCAAAAAGAAUCGACCCGCUCAUGGCUGUUCCACUAUCCCCAAACUGGCUCUGGAGCUGAAGCAGAUCAUCCAGUCCAACACCCACAAUAAAGUGCCCCUUGUCUCUCCCUUACGGCUGAUGAUGCCUCUUGGAAAACUCUCUAAAGGAGCCAACUUGGAUGAGCUGAUACAGAUUUGCAUUCAGACUUUUGAUUUGGAUGGCAAUAUGGGUCAGAACCAGGAGCUGCUGCAGAUUAUGCUGACAAUGCACGGCUUCCUGAUCCCCUCCACAGAAUUGCUCCUCAAGCUCAGGACACGAUAUCAGGACGCCCUGCAGAACAGAUCUUUUUCCUUCUGUCUCAGGAUCUGCUACUUUAUAAGAUACUGGAUCACAGAACUCUGGGUCAUGUUCAAGAUGGAUACAAAACUCAGGCAGACAAUGGAAGAGUUCCAGGAGCUUGUGAGGUCGCAUGGGGAGGAGUUACACUGGCGCUUGAUUGAAACUGCUCAGAUAAACUCACGGGACUGGUCCUGUAAACUGACACAGAGAAUCAAACCCAACUGCAGCAAGAAGAGGAAAGUGUCUCUGCUGUUUGACCACUUGGAGCCGCAAGAACUUGCUGAACACUUGACCUACCUGGAAUUCAAAGCCUUCAGAAGAAUAUCUUUUUCAGAUUAUCAUAACUACAUUGUAAAUGGCUGUGUGAAGGACAAUCCAAUCAUGGAACGCUCCAUUGCUCUGUGCAAUGGCAUCUCCCAGUGGGUCCAACUGAUGGUUCUGAGCCGUCCAACUCCCCAGCUCCGAGCCGAGGUGCUGACAAAGUUCAUCCAUGUAGCCCAGAAACUGCAUCAGCUUCAGAAUUUCAACACCUUAAUGGCCUUAAUUGGGGGCCUUUGCCACAGCUCCAUCUCCAGGCUCAAGGAUACAAGUUCACACGUGUCCCCUGAUGUCAACAAGGUUCUGAAUGAGAUGACAGAACUGCUGUCUUCCUGCAGGAAUUAUGACAAUUAUCGGAGAGUGUACAAUGAGUGCACCAACUUUAAGAUUCCCAUCCUGGGAGUCCACCUGAAGGACCUUAUUGCUCUACACGUGGCUAUGCCGGACUACCUGGAAGACAGUAUAAUCAAUGUGCCAAAGCUUCACUCUCUGUUUAAUCACAUUAAUGAGCUCAUCCAGUUGCAGAACAUUGCUCUUCCAUUGGAAGCAAACAUGGACCUUGUACAUCUACUCACACUCUCCCUCGAUUUAUAUUAUACUGAAGAUGAAAUGUAUGAGCUGUCAUACGCACGAGAGCCAAGGAAUCACCGGGCACCGCCUUCCACGCCCUCCAAGUCUCCUGUGGUUGCAGAUUGGGCAUCAGGAAUAUCUCCAAAACCAGAUCCUAAAACAAUCAGCAAACAUGUGCAGAGGAUGGUGGAUUCUGUGUUUAAGAAUUAUGACCUGGAUCAAGAUGGCUACAUAUCGCAGGAAGAGUUUGAGAAGAUCGCGGCCAGCUUCCCUUUCUCUUUCUGUGUCAUGGAUAAAGACAGGGAAGGACUAAUCAGCAGGCAGGAGAUAACCGCUUACUUCAUGCGAGCCAGCUCCAUUUGUUCAAAGCUUGGCCUGGGAUUCCUCCAUAGUUUCCGGGAGACAACCUAUAUGCGCCCUACUUUCUGUGAUAACUGCGCGGGAUUUUUGUGGGGAGUGAUCAAGCAAGGUUACAGGUGCAAAGACUGUGGAAUGAAUUGCCAUAAGCAAUGUAAAGAACUGGUGGUGUUUGAAUGUAAGAAGAGGUCAAAGUGCUCCAUGGGAGAGAAUAAUUCUUCUUCUUCUGACGCUGGACAGUCGGGAGUCCUUCCAGCAGGAGGCAAAGGGCAAACAAAUGACUGCUCAGGAGCAGAUGAAGGACCAUAUUCCUAUCCUAAUGGAGAUGAUGUUGACAACCACACAGAGGUCAGUAAGGAUCGGACAAUUAUGCUUAUGGGGAGCUCAACACAGAAGAUCUCAGUACGACUACAGCCGGCUGUGAAACACCGAGCAACACAAACGGAGACACAAAGCCUGUGCCUACAAGUUCCUUCCCCACAGCGCAGCAGGACCCCAGACCUAACCUCCCAUCUCCCUAAAAGCCCCAUGCCUUCCCCCUGUCCUAGUCCAGUUUUCACCCGAAAGAAGGCUUAUGCCAAGUGGGAAAACAAGGACUCCAUCCGCAAAGCAAGGGCAGAACUGAGGGGACGCAAAACUGGUUUACACGAGCUGGAGAAGGAAAAGGCCUUACUGAAGGAAGAAAACACAGUUCUGAAGAUCCAGUUGAGGGAUGCUCAGAGACGUAUCGAUACUCUGCAGGCAGAAUUAAGAAAACAUGUACUAGACAGCGACAUGCAACAGAAGGGCUCCUAGAGGCAAAACCCUUACCAAGCUCAUGCCACGGAUCUUCAACUUGAUGCUUAAUAACCAUUCAGUCACCAGUGAGGAGCGGAUUACAAGCACAAGAAGUGUCACCUAAUGAUGUGUUUGUGCAUCUUGUUCACAGUCUGGUAGAGAGAGAUUCAAAGUAUUCACACUCCUUCGCUGCUGUUUGUGUGUAGAUCCAUCAGGGAGAGGUGAAGUCUCUGCUCGUUAUGUGUCGUUUGUAGAAUAACCAGGUAACAAAACUAGAUAGACACACGUGCAUGUCAGUUAAGGUUUUCUACAAAUUGCUGGGUUUCUUGACUUGUCUAAUGGACCACACCCCAGCCUGCAUAUUGCAUCUGUGUUAUCAUGCUACUAAUAAUGUUACAAGAUCAUCUCCCUUAAGCUGUAGACUGACUGGAGAUGUUGAGUAAGAGGUCAAGUAACGUGUUCCUCCAAUAUGGCCCGUGCCAAGAGCAUCAGCCUUGCUCCUCGCGUAGCUGGGCACCACAUGCGGCUCCUUUAUCUCACUCGGAGAAUGUGGCUAAUGAAAAGGGGACACGGCACACACGGCAGGGCUUGUGCACCAUUGAGCCUACAUCAAAAGUACACCUGCAUACAGUGUAUUUCUUCUAUGAAACUGACAGUAGAACAAAGAAUGUUCCACCAUCUGACUGUGCCCCUUACUGACUUUUUAUCAGGAUACUGAAAGUUCUCUGUGUGGAUGAAUAUUUAAUGACAAUGGUCAGAUUCUCAGUCAAGUUGUUGGUUCAGAAUUGUGCCAUCAAACUGCUGCAGGCCAGGAAAGAUGGAGCUGUCAUUUAUAUACAUAUGUUCAUCAUCUCUAUGUGUAUCCUCAGUAAGGUACAGAAUUAUGCUUUCUUCUCUAAUCCAUGUUUAGUUCUCUAACCAAACAUUCCGUUACUUUGUUUAAAUGCUUCUUAGAGCAUAACCACUGCUUACUGGGGAAGUAUUUCCCUUAUAGAAGUAGGUAUGAGUCAACGUGGACAGAAAGCCAAGCUUGAAUGCCAUUGAGUAAUAGCUGGGCUUCCCAAACAGCCCCUAUUUUUGCUUUUCCACUGGUAGAGGAAAGGAUUCUCUCACCAGUUCAAAUGGUUCAACCCAAUAAGAGAUAAAUUCUUCUUUGAGACAAGAAGGCUGUUGUUACUGUCAGUGGGACAAUAAUAUUAAAGGGAUACUGUCAUGGGAAAAAAAUGAAUCAGUUAAUAGUGCUGC